CAGCUUGUGGUGCCCGUGAAACUGCAGCUGCUGCUGCCAUGUGACGGGUAAAACUUCCCCUUCCUGGUCAGGAGGACGGCAGCGGCCAGGCCGGAGCAGCGGACGGAGCAGGGGACGGAGCAGCACCCCCAGCUCCUCAGAACAAAGGCUUCUCAAAGAAGAGUCACACGUUCCUGCCUAAAAUAUUUAGAAAGAUGUCUACUCAGUCAGCGAAAGAAAGACCCGAGAGCUUGCAGUUCCCCUUCCUUGACGAUGAAGACACCAUCUCCACGCUCAAAGAAUCUAAAACCUUUUUGAUUUUAAGAGGGCUGCCCGGCAGCGGGAAGUCCACGCUCGCCCAGGCCGUUCAAGACCGGUACAAAGACGCCUGCAAGGUCAUCUCUGUCGAUAACUAUAAAAUCACACCCGUAGUAAGAAGCACCAUUCCUGAAGAAUAUUCCAAGGUGGACGAGGAUCUAGUUGACUAUUGCAAACGAGAGAUCAGCGUCAUCGUUCUGGAUGACACUCACCAUGAGAGGGAACGACUGGACCAACUCUUUGACAUUGCUGACAAAUACCGGUACAAAGUCAUCUUUGCCGAGCCCAAAACCCAGUGGCGACUGGAUUGUUUGCAGCUGAAGGACAAGAAUCAGUGGAAACUGUCGGUGGAAGAGCUGAAGAAGAUGAAGCCCAGCCUGGAGAAGGAAUUCCUACCCAUGUAUUUUGGGUGGUUUUUGAGCAAAAGAAGUUCCGAGAUCCUGAGGAAGGCUGGCCAGGCCUUCUUAGAUGAGCUCGGGAGCCUGAAAGCCUUCAAAAAGGAGAGCAAAUACUUUGCUUCCGCUGUUGACGAUCCCAAAAUAAAAAUCGAUCUCACCAGCUACUUCGUGAAGAGGCCGCCUGGAGUCUUACACUGCACCACAAAAUACGCCGAGUUCGGAAAAGCAGCUGGAGCCGAGGAAUACGCCCAGCAAGAAGCUGUGAAGGCUUCCUACGGCAAAGGCUUCACCCUGGCCGUUUCUGCCCUGUUCAUCACCACAAAAACUGUCGGGGCUCGCGUGGACCUCAGCGAACAGCAGCUGCUGCUGUGGCCCGGGGACGCCGACAAGAUCCUGCCCACCGACAACCUGCCGAAAGGCAGCCGGGCUCACAUCACCCUCGGCUGCGCCAACGGCGUGGAAGCCGUCCAGACCGGGCUGGAUCUGCUGGAGUUUGUGAAACUGGAAAAGGCGGGGAACAAAGGGGAUCAAGUGGGGGAAAUUGGAGGAGGGAAACUGCUGUAUUUUGAUAACGGUAUGUGGAUGCUCACCCUUUCUAAAAAGAUGGAUGUGAAGGCAAUAUUCUCAGGGUACUACGGAAAAGGAAAACUUGUGCCGACCCAGAGCACCAACAAACGGGGCUCUGCUUUUAGCUCCUGCACCAUCAUCUAGGGCCAGGGCAGGGCGGCCGGGUGGCUGGUUUGUUUUUAAAAGGCAAGUAACUCCUGUAACCUUUAAAAUUGUAAAGAGAAAUAAUUCUACCUUUACUAAAGUAAGCCCUUUGCCAGCCCCAGUGUGACGCCUCUGGGGAGAGUUCAUCGGCCUCAGAACAAGGAAGAAAACAAGCAACUCCCACCCGACAAAGGAAAACUCUCCCAUCGCUGGCACCAGCAACCGACGGCCUUUGAAAGCAAGAGUUUUGGCGAGAACGAGCCGUGGUGUUCUGCUUGUUUUCUUCCUCGGAGGAAGAUCAAUUACGCUCUUUCCUAACUCCCCCACGAACCACAAUCGUUAGCUCUUUACCCGUCAGCACGAUGAGCGGCGGCAGAGCAGAGCCCGUAGGUACGUAACCGCUCUGAAGCCGAGCAAAGUGAACUGCGCGACGUCUCCCCCUUCUCCCACACCCCAGGGACCGACAGCGGUCCCUCUGGUCGCUGAGUUACUGGGUAAAAACCAGUAAAGACCCAACCGUGGGUCACUUCUGCCCAGCGCGGCACGAAUAGUUUAGCCCGAAAGGAGAAUGUGCGGCCCUGCGCUACCCCAGGUCGGGGUCCCUGGCUGCACGCGCGGGGAAGAGUCACCGGUGGGCGGACAGAAGAAAGCGCGUGGCCAGAUGAUGUCCCAAAGAGCGAUCAUGGAUUUUUUAAAAAAAAAUAAAAAAAUAUAUAUAUUAAAAAAAAAAAAAUUACCCAGAGGGAAACCAGUGGAAGACGGGGGAGGCAGGCGGUUCGCGCAGCGCGGCUCCAGCCCUUUCCCCUCACACGUCCGAGUGGGCCGGACCAAGCACUGUCCCGUCGUGUCCUUGUCCUGUAGGGAACAAUCCUGCCUCGGCAGGGAGUGGAAGAGAUGAACUAACGUCUUUUCCAUCUCGUUUUAUAGAAACUAAAAUCGUGUCUGAAGUAUAGAGCUGUACUUCAUGCAAGAUUUUACUACUUUUCUCUAAUGCACUUGAAUGUUAAGUUAGGAUGGCAGUAACACUGUAAUUUAGGAAGUAAGUGGAGGUACCGUAACUGCGUAACUUACGUCUGCUCAAACCUAAACCAUUGGCUGGAAAAAAAAAAAAAGUUAUUGACCGAGCACUUCUGUUAUUAAGUCUGUUUUAUCAAAACUUCUGUUUUCGCUCGUAGCCAGCCCGUUGGCCAGCCCGUCGGUGGGUGCGUGGUCACGGCUUUACUGUAACUCGACGCUCAACUAACGGGUUCAGGUCAGGACAACAGUUUAGACUCACGCUAUGGCUCCGUGUUUGGUGAACUGCAUAGUGAAAUUAAUCCCGUAUUAAUAGAUGUAAAUACUUACUGUGUUUGACAAGCGUGUGCUGGGCUCGCGUGGGGGCAGCUCCCCUGCGCCAACCGCUGCUCGGGGCGCCCAGCGCUGCCUGGGCCAGCAGCUUUUCUCCCAAGGCUUACAACAAAAGCGAGGAACGCUGGGGAGGGGGGGGACGGACACACGAAGCUGGGGAAUGCUCCGCACCUUUGCCAGUAAAGCAAAACAAUUCCUGCUGCUUCAAAAAGACAGAUGAUAAAUUCUCGUUAUAUCAUAAAAAAUUCUGUAUCCUCCCUCGCCGCCAACAGAGAAGCCCUCGCUGGCUUCCGCAGCGGCAGCGGGGUGAGCGCCCGACACUCGGCUUGGGCCGUUCCCAAUAAAUCUCACAGCGGUUUGUCCCACGGAAACUCCUGAAACGCCUUUAGCAGCCGCUGCGGCAGUGCAGGAGCUCGCUCCCCCCUCUCCCUCCAGCGCCCCGGGAACAAGCCCGUGCUCCAGGUCUCAUCCAGCACCGAAACGCACGGCUGGAAUAUCUCGUUUAUUUGCCUGUUCAAGAACAACAGUGAGACUGUCGUCAUUUAAGUUUUUAUUAGUUUGUACAUCAUAUACAGUUUAUAAUAAAGUAAACCAAUUGCA